AUGAUCCGUUUGGUUGACGUAACGCUUGGAAUUAUUCCUGAAUCUUCAAGCAUCGCAGAAUUGACAAAAUUUCAGAGAACCGGUGCCUCUAACAGAACUUACGCAGAAUGUAAAGAUGUUUUGUGGAAGUUACUGGAGCUGAAUGAAGAUCUUCUGAAAAACUCACAAUAUUCACUUUCACCAGAAACAGUAGAUGAGCAACAAGAAAUUUUUGACAAAAUAAAAAGAGAUGAAAACCAAGGAGAAGCUUGUGCAGCUUACAAAGUUACUUUUCUAGAAGCUGAAAACAUCGAAGAUGAUUCGAAUUCAUUUUCCACUACAGACAGCUCAAUAAGACUCGAACAAAACCCAAUUAGUUUUGGUUCACUUCAACAUGUUCAGAGCACAGAAUUCGGACCCUAUAUGAUGGAUCAGACCAGUUUCUCAUCAGGAGAACUUUUUCCAAGCCAGAUACAGGAGCCAGAUGAAGAAACCGCCGAGAAACAAUUAGAAGGAGAUAUCUCUGUCUUGCAAACUGCGACUCAGUCAUUAUACUUUCAAGACUUACACCCUGAGUAAAUCCAGGUCAAAAUAAAGCAUACGAAUAAAAGUUAUACUUAAAGAUUUUAGGGCGAAGAAAUUAAUUUGCCAUGAAGUAUUUCAUUUUGAUGUGAUGCAUCAAAUUGA